AAGUUCGUUUUUCCUUUACCAAAACCUCAGAUGCACAAUUUCCCGCCACCUAGGGUUCACAGUCACUUUCUUUUUCCACACUGAUCUUCUCCUUGUAUUACCGCAAUUCCUUCGACCAAUAUCCAAAUCAUUCUUUAAUUAGAUAGAAGAAAACCGUUGAUAUACUCAAAAUCGCAGAAAUGGCUGGUCAAUCUGAUUCCCACCUCUCUCUCUUUUCACCUGAAGAGGUCGAGUUUAUAGCUGAAGAUGAAUUGGUGGAGAUUGUUCCCAAUCUGAGGAUGGAUUCUCUAAAUUUUAUUUGUUUAAAUUUUGUAUUUCAGGGGGAUUAUGGUCCAUUUUAUCCACAAAUAGCAACGCAAGUGCCACUUUGGUUAGCGGUGGCGCUGAAGAAGCGAGGGAAGUGCACAAUUAGGCCUCCUCAGUGGAUGUCUAUUGAGAAUUUGACCCAAGUUCUAGAAGGAGAACGAGAUUCGCAUGCAUUUCAGCCUAUUCCCUUUCAUUAUGUGGAAAUAUCAAGACUUCUUUUUGACCAUGCACGUGAUGACAUUCCUGAUAUGUACAUGGUGAGGUCACUUAUUGAGGACAUCAGGGAUGUACGUUUUCAUAAAGUGGAGACUAAUCUAGAAAAGUUUACUGCAUCAACCGUGACGUGGAAAAAUAUGUCUGCAAUGGAAGUCAAUAUAAUUCGUGCAUUCGCUGGGAGAGCAUUACAAGCAUUCUAUAAGCAUGAGAGUGAACAGGUGAUGCCAGAUACAGAUAGAACACAAGAUAGACAGCCGCAAGCACCUAAUGUCAGGCCAAGACGGAACCUGAGGCCUCGAUAAUAGGUAAUUGUCCAUCCAAAUUCCUUUCUCAUCUCGACCUCAAAACAAUGAUUUGAGCAUGCUAUUACAGAAGGUAUUUCCAUUUGUUUCUGAUCCUUUCAAAAAGAACAUUUUCUGAUCUUAUUGUAGUGAUGAAAUAGCAAUUCUCUGUUGACCCCUUUAUGAUCACUAUGCUAAUAAAUCAUUUACUAUUUUACACAAUAAAUUGUGAAGACAAAAUCACUGUAAAUGGAUACUAUGUGCAAGGCCUUGCCACAUUUACAUAGGUGUCCUAGACAUUUUUCUGCUAAAUUCUAGGUUUUGAUUUUAUAUUACUAUGCCUUUUAUGCAUAACAUGGAUUCAUGUUUCCUCC